CCUCGGCUAGUAUUGCCUAGUCCCCACAAUGCCCUGCGAAUCAAAGAUAGUUGCCAGUCAUUGUAGUAAGUGAGUUUCACAAAACAAAACAAACAUUGACGUUAGCUAUCAAUAGCUAACAAUUAUAUAUUAACAUUAAAGUUUAACAGUAUAUUUAACCGAAUAAGCAGCAUGAAGGAAACCGCAGCGAAGCGCCGCGAAAAACCAAGGGAUUCAAAGCCUGAGAAGCAAAAAGAGUCGGGCCCCGAGCCGCAGGAUGUGGAGAUGCCGGAGGAGGACGCAGCUACUGCGGGAAAGCCGCACAAGGAGCUGGACACGCUCACACUUGAAGAUAUCAAAGAGCAUGUGAAGCAGAUCGAGAAGGCGGUGUCAGGGAAGGAGCCCCGGUUCGUGCUGCGUGCUCUCCGUGCGCUGCCCUCUACCAGCCGCAGACUCAAUCUCAACGUGCUGCACAAGGCCAUCUCCGGAUUCUACACGUCCAACGCCGCGGGCAAGGAGUUCCUGCUCGGCUUCUUAGAAGAGCCAAUGGACGCGGACGGUGACGUGCAGUUCCGCCCCCGGACGGGGAAGGCCGCCGCCACCCCGCUGCUGCCUGAGGUGGAGGCCUACCUGCAGCUCCUCCUGCUGGUCUACCUCACGAACAACAAGCGCUACACGGAGGCUCAGAAGGUGUCGGAUGACCUCCUGCAGAAGAUCAGCUCCCAGAACCGUCGGGCCCUGGACCUGGUGGCUGCCAAGUGUUACUACUACCACUCCCGCGUCUACGAGUUCCUCAACCAACUGGACACAGUGCGCAGCUUCUUGCACACCCGCCUGCGGACCGCCACCCUGCGGCACGAUGCGGACGGCCAGGCCACGCUGCUCAACCUGCUGCUGCGGAACUACCUGCAGUUCAACCUGUACGACCAGGCCGAGAAGCUGGUGUCCAAGUCCAUCUUCCCAGAGCUGGCCAACAACAACGAGUGGGCCCGCUACCUCUACUACACAGGUCGCAUUAAGGCCAUCCAGCUGGAAUACUCGGAGGCGAGGAGGACUCUGACUAACGCCCUGAGGAAGGCUCCUCAGCACACCGCUGUGGGCUUCAAACAGACGGUUCACAAGCUCCUGAUCGUGGUGGAGCUGCUGCUGGGAGAGAUCCCGGACCGUCUGCAGUUCCGCCAGCCCUCACUGAAGAGGUCGCUCAUGCCCUACUUCCUGCUGACCCAGGCGGUGAGAACUGGCAACCUGGCCAAGUUCAACCAGGUCCUGGAGCAGUUCGGCGAGAAGUUCCAGACCGACGGCACCUACACCCUCAUCAUCCGCCUCAGACACAAUGUCAUCAAAACAGGCGUACGGAUGAUCAGCCUGUCAUACUCGCGCAUCUCGCUGGCGGACAUCGCCCAGAAGCUGCAGCUGGACAGCCCGGAGGAUGCCGAGUUCAUCGUCGCCAAGGCAAUCCGCGAUGGCGUGAUUGAAGCUAGCAUCAACCACGAGAAAGGCUACGUCCAGUCCAAAGAGACCAUGGACAUCUAUGGUACCAGAGAACCACAACUGGCCUUCCACCAGAGAAUCUCCUUCUGCUUGGAUAUUCACAACAUGUCUGUCAAGGCGAUGAGAUUUCCACCAAAAUCCUACAAUAAGGACCUUGAAUCUGCAGAGGAACGUCGGGAGAGAGAGCAGCAGGACCUGGAAUUUGCCAAGGAGAUGGCUGAGGAUGACGAUGACAGCUUUCCUUGAACAACGGAAGAGCAGCAAGAUGGGCACCACCCCCCCACCCCACCCCACGUACCUGGUUAUCAUCUUUGUCAUCACACUGUGGAGGUUGCCUGCAGUGACAGCUGUCAUUCUUCAGAAUACAAGCCGAUUUAUUAACUAUCAUUUAUUAAUUAAAAGAAAGUGAAACGGACAGAUGAUUUGGCUUCUGAAAUGUGAAGAUGCAGUAGUCCAGCAGACAGCUACCUGUUACAGAGUGGUUUCUGGCCCUGACGGUGUAUUCUGCAUCUUGCAUAAGACACUUUCAGAGUGACUUGUGCUGAGUGACUUCUCAAUUUCAUGGUUUUGGUAAAGUAUUUUUUAAAUGGCUGAUUCUGUAUUUACAUUUGCAAACCACAUCCUCCACAUUUGCACAAGAUGAUUAUUAAAAGGCCUUUCCCACUA